AUGCUGGCCCAGAUAUCAUUCGUUCAUAUCGUCGCUGCUAGCGGAUUGGCGCUUGCUGGUGCCUUGGCCUACUAUUUGGUUUUAGAUAGGAGGCAUGAACUUCGAAUCAGAAAGAUAGGCGGAGUGCGCGCACCUCGCCUAGCAAGCAAUCCUCUAACGGCAACGAGAUGGUUCUUCGACACAGCCAAAGCUUUGAUGAAAAAUGAAUUUUUGGAACAGUAUAAUAAGUUCUUUGAACUGGUAACUCCAGAAUGUCCAAAUUGCACCGAGAUUCAAUUUUUCCCUCAAGAACGAUACCUAUUCACCAAAGAUCCGGAACAUAUCAAGACAAUAUUGACGACUCAAUUUUCGGAUUUCGGAAAGGGGCCUCGGUUUCACGAAAUUUGGAGACCUUUUCUUGGUGAUAGCAUCUUCACAACUGACGACCAACUCUGGCAUGAUAGUCGCAGUUUGAUCCGACCGAUGUUUAUCAAGGACAGGGUCAGCGACCUGGCGACGUUUGAGAAAUGGGUAUCAACACUCAUCACCAAGCUCCCACCAUCGGGUCGGACUGUAGAUAUUAUGGGCCUUUUCUAUCGGAUGACUCUGGAUGUCACCACCGAUUUUCUCCUUGGUGCGAGUAUUAAUAGCUUGGGCAAUCCCCAGAACGAAUUCGCCAAAGCUUUCAACGAUGUCCAAAUGAUUCAAAUGAUGCUAACCGCCGUUGGGCCAUUUGAUUUCCUCGUCCCUCGUCGUCGAUAUAAUGACGGGAUCCAAGUAUUGGACCGAUUCAUCAUGCCAUACAUCGAGCAAGCCUUGGCGCUACCACAGGAAGAAUUAGAGAAACUCUCUAACUCUGACAAACAUUUCACUUUCCUUCAUAGCAUCGUGCGGUAUACUCGCAACCGUCAAGUGCUUCGCGACCAGAUCAUUGCGGUGCUACUAGCCGGACGUGACACAACCGCCGCCACGCUUUCAUGGGCAUUUUACGAGUUAUCCCACUACCCCGAGAAGUUCAACAGAUUGCGCGAAGAAAUCAUCAGCUCCGUUGGCCGGACCCGUACUCCCACAUACGAGGAUCUGAAGAACAUGAUAUAUUUACGACACACUUUGAACGAGACGCUGAGGCUGUACCCCGCCGUGCCGUAUAACCUGCGCGGAGCGUUGCAGGAUACGACACUCCCGACAAUACCAGGCCAACCGCCUAUCUCGGUGGUUAAGGGGGAUAUCGUGUUUUAUAGUACGCUCGCGAUGCAAAGGCGCAAGGAAUUGUAUCCGCCAGUUUCGGAGAAGUUUGAGAACCCGGCGAUCUUCUCGCCGGAGAGGUGGGAAAGUUGGACUCCGAAGCCUUGGCAGUACGUGCCGUUUAAUGGCGGACCGCGGAUUUGUGUAGGGCAGAAUUUCGCUAUGACUGAGAUGGCUUAUUGUAUGGUCAAGAUUCUUCAGAAAUACGAUUAUAUCGAAUACCGUGGAGAUUGGUAUGCACAGAAACACCAAGCAGAGGUGGUGGGAAAGCCGAGCGAAGGGGUUAAGAUCGCAUUGUAUGAAGAAUCUGCGAAAGUAGUUGGAGAUACGAACCCCUUAGGAGCGUAG